AUGGGCAACUGCGGCACGCGGGAGGAGAAUGCCGUCGUCGCUGCGCACGCGCAAGUUCAACAGCUCCACUUGUUACAACAUCCUGUCAAGAACGCCAUCGCAGAUAGGAAGCACACCCGCACCUCAUCAGAUAUAAAGACAAUCACAAAGAGCUUCCGUGCUGAUUAUGUUCUUGGUGAAGGAGGAUUUGGGACCGUUUACAAGGGUUACAUAGAUGAAAAUGUCAGGGUUGGUCUGAAGUCACUGCCUGUUGCAGUCAAGGUGCUCAACAAAGACGGACAUCAAGGGCACAGAGAAUGGCUUACCGAAGUUAACUGCCUGGGGCAGUUGAGGCAUCCAAAUUUGGUGAAGUUGAUCGGAUAUUGCUGCGAAGAUGACCAUCGGCUGCUUGUCUAUGAGUUCAUGUUUCGAGGAAGUCUAGAAAACCACUUAUUCCGAAAGACAGCGACACCAUUACCCUGGGGUACUAGGAUGUCAAUCGCACUGGGAGCUGCUAAAGGGCUUGCUUGCCUCCACAAUGCUCAAAGGCCUGUCAUCUACAGAGAUUUCAAGACAUCAAAUAUUCUGCUGGACUCUGAUUAUACUGCUAAACUGUCUGAUUUUGGCCUGGCAAAAGCUGGCCCUGAAGGUGAUCAGACGCAUGUAUCAACACGGGUGAUGGGAACCUAUGGUUAUGCUGCCCCUGAAUAUGUGAUGACUGGUCACUUGACUGCUAGAAGUGAUGUCUACAGCUUUGGCGUCGUCCUUCUGGAGCUCUUGACAGGGCGCAAGUCAAUUGACAAAUCUCGGCCCAGCAGGGAGCAGAGCCUGGUUGACUGGGCCCUCCCCAAGCUCAAUGACAAGAGGAGGCUUCUCCAGAUCAUUGACCCAAAACUGGAGGGACAGUAUUCGGUCAGAGCUGCUCACAAGGCCUGCAGCCUUGCAUUCUACUGCUUGAGCCACAACCCCAAGGCCAGGCCGCUUACGAGUGACAUCGUCGAAACCCUCGAGCCAUUGCAGGGCAGCAGUGGAAGCGAUGGAUCCGGUCAGUCCUCUGGCCUUCCUGACUAUAGAGGCCGUCGCAGGCUAACCGGGAACAGCGUCCACUUCAGGGCCAUCCCAAACCCCAAGUGCUCCCCUGCUGUCCCGGCUUGCAGAGUGCGGUGA